UUAGAGAACAGACACGAGAGGUCAGGAAGAAAGCGCUUAUAAAUUACCGUUUCUUCCUUCCCAUCGCUGUUAGUCUGCCUUGCCGCGCUCGCCGAGGCACAUAGGACGGAGGCAGAGACAGCGAAGACGCUGGACAGCUACGUGGUCCGAGAGGAGCAGCUGCUACAGGAAGAGAAAAUCCUUUCUGGAGAGAUUCCUCUUCAUUGUCUUAUCCUAUGGAGGAACCAGCCCUGCCCAUCCACAUUGAGGAGGGGAUAGACGUUCCAACUGAAAACAAAAGCAUGGCAACAAAGGAGAAGCUGCAGUGUUUGAAAGAUUUUCACAAGGAUAUCCUUAAACCUUCCCCUGGCAAGAGCCCUGGAACACGGCCUGAGGAUGAGGCAGAGGGCAAGCCACCACAACGGGAAAAAUGGGCCAGCAAGAUUGAUUUUCUGUUGUCCGUAGCUGGAGGGUUUAUUGGAUUAGGCAAUGUCUGGCGAUUUCCGUAUCUCUGCUAUAAAAAUGGCGGAGGUGCAUUUCUCAUACCUUAUUUCAUUUUUCUGUUUGGGGGAGGUCUUCCUGUAUUCUUCCUGGAAGUGGCGCUAGGACAAUACACCUCUGAAGGAGGAAUUACGUGCUGGGAAAAAAUCUGCCCUAUUUUCGCUGGAAUAGGUUAUGCUUCCAUAGUGAUUGUGUCACUUUUGAAUGUGUAUUACAUCGUCAUCCUGGCUUGGGGACUAUACUAUCUAUUCCAGUCAUUUGCGUACAUCCUGCCUUGGGCUCAUUGUCAGCAACAAUGGAAUACAAAAAACUGUGUGGAAGACACCCUCAGGAAGAACAAAACACUGUGGUUGUCACUUAAUGCCACUAACUUCACGUCUCCUGUCACAGAGUUUUGGGAGAUCAAUGUCCUGAGCUUGUCUUCAGGAAUUGAUAAACCUGGUAUCAUCAAGUGGGACCUGGCUCUUUGUCUUUUCCUUGUCUGGGUGAUUUGUUUCUUUUGCAUUUGGAAAGGUGUGAAGUCAACUGGGAAAGUUGUAUACGUAACAGCAACAUUUCCAUUCGUCAUGCUUUUUGUACUCUUAAUCCGUGGUGUGACUUUACCUGGAGCUGCAGAGGGCAUCAAAUUUUACCUUUACCCUGACAUCUCUCGUCUGUCGGAUCCACAGGUUUGGAUAGACGCUGGGACACAGAUCUUCUUCUCCUAUGCAAUCUGCUUAGGUGCAAUGACUUCCUUGGGGAGCUACAAUAAAUACAAAUACAACUGUUACAGGGACUGUUUGCUGCUGGGAUGCCUGAACAGUGGUACCAGUUUUGUGUCUGGCUUCGCAAUUUUUUCCGUCCUGGGCUUCAUGGCACAAGAGCAAGGGGUGGACAUUGCUGAUGUGGCAGAGUCAGGUCCAGGUCUGGCCUUCAUUGCUUAUCCAAAAGCUGUGUCUAUGAUGCCGUUGCCAACUUUUUGGGCUAUUCUUUUCUUUGUUAUGCUUCUGUUGCUUGGCCUGGACAGCCAGUUUGUUGAAGUUGAAGGACAGAUCACAUCGUUAGUUGAUCUGUACCCAUCCUUCCUAAGGAAGGGUUACCGACGGGAAAUCUUCAUUGCUAUAGUAUGUUUCCUCAGCUAUCUUCUGGGACUAUCUAUGGUGACUGAAGGUGGCAUGUAUGUGUUUCAACUCUUUGACUACUAUGCAGCUAGUGGUGUAUGCCUUUUGUGGGUCGCAUUCUUUGAAUGCAUUGCUGUAGCCUGGGUUUAUGGCGCUGACAAUUUUUACGAUGCCAUUGAAGAUAUGAUUGGUUACAGGCCUGGUCCUUGGAUGAAAUGGAGCUGGAUUUUAAUCACACCAAUUCUCUGCGUGGGGUGCUUCAUCUUUUCUCUGGUCAAGUAUACCCCCCUGACCUACAACAAGGUCUACAUCUACCCUGUGUGGGCAAUCGGUCUGGGUUGGAUUCUUGCUCUUUCAUCUAUGAUCUGCAUCCCCUUGGUUACAGUUGUCCGUAUUUUGCAGUCAGAUGGCUCUCUCCUUGAGAGGGUGAAGGCAAUGGCUGCCCCUCGUGAGAUCACGCGGUGGGACAAAGAAACAGAGAUUGCUGCCACGUUCUGCCUUCCUGGCCUGGCCAACGGAGAACUGAUCAAGCCGACUCAUGUCAUCGUGGAGACAACGAUGUGAGCUCUCUCUAUGAGAGGAGGACACCUGCUUUAAAACUGCCGUUUACUAACCAUAGAAUCUUUCAUAGGACCAGGUUUACAGAGCUUUAUAUUUGCACUAGGGUUUAUUUUUAUUUCUCACAGAGAAAGUAAUUUUUUGUGUGUUUGGUUUUUAUUUUUUAAUAUUUUGUAAAGUAAAUCACAGCAGAUGCCUCCCCUGCUCUAUUUAGAGGCAGAGCUUUCAUAUCAAAUUAGGCACACUGCAGGAAUUUACUUUCUGUUUUCCACACAGCAUAUCUAACUAACUUCUAUUCAUAAUGCUACUUUAUCACUUUUGAGUUGAUUUUCUUGCCAACAAUAUACCCAGGCUGCAAUCCUAUGCACACUGUCUUGCAAAUACGCCUCAAUGAACACAAUGGUAAACUUAUGUAGGAUUGUGCUGAUACGCACAUAUAUAUGUGCACAUAUACAAGUUUCAGAUUUCUCUGGGUGUUGAUGUGGUUGGGAACAGGGUAGAGCAAAAUAACCCCUUCGUAAAGCAAAUUUCAUUUUGGAUUUUUUUUUUAACAAAAAGCUCUGGCAUUUUAGAAACUGGUUUUUAAAGGUGUGGCACUAUCUUCCUCUGGUUGAAGCAGGAAGAAUUAAAGAAAGGGUACAUGUUUUUAUGCUCGCUGUGAGGCAUGUGAGAAUACAUUUAUGUGUAUAAUUGGAAAAGCUGCAAUAUAAGCUGGGGAUUGGAACCAGGGGAAUAAUCUGAGCAGCUUGUGAACAGGCUCUAAGAAGGUGGCAGAAUCAUUCUUGCUGGCAAGAUAUUUUAACUGAUAAUUCCUUUUUGGGGCAGAGGAGAUGACUCCUUCCAUCACAGGGGGAGUUGAGUCUCUAUUCAAUAGCAAGCAGAGUUUCUUUGUGGACUUAGAUACAGAUUGGAGUACAGUUGAGUUUCUCAUCGAUUUAGACAGAUCAUCUAAGAGUUGAUGUAAAAUGCUAGUAAGCCUGCAUCUGUCACCUGUUACCUCAAGAGAGAAAUGUAACUUGACAGUGUGAUCAAGUAACUGAAGAAUAUAAAAAAUGGCCCACUCUUAUAGGCUGCACCCAAGAAAUAAGCUGUUUAGGCUUGAAUUUUCUUAGAACAUUAGGCUGGUGUCAUAAAUGCUACAUUUAUAAGGAUGCUGCAAACCAUAUUUAAAAUCACAAAUUUGCCAAACUUUAUCGUUAUCAGAACAAAAAAAGGAGUGUUGGGCAUGUAUCGUACCAGUCAGCUAAGUCGCAUAUCGUUGAGUGCAGAUGCAGAAAAUGGCCACUAGAACCACUGUUGAGGAAGCUACUGCAACAAGAAAGUUGAGCAAGAGUCCAGUAUGUAGACUGGUAUUCGCAGGCUUAAGUUGUCAUCAUUUGUAACACAUUGACACGAGGAAACAGAAGGAGAUGACGUAAGCUAUAAAUCUAUUUUAGACUGGAUGAGGCAUAAAACACUCAAUGGGAGUUUUAUUGGUAUGCCAAGUUCCCCACUUUCUGCAGAAUAAGGAUUUCUGUCUGGAAGACUCACCUCAAACUCCACAAAGCUCUCGUUUUGUUGCUUUCAACUGGCAUUGCAUAGAGGCUCAAGCCUUUUCCGUAUGGGCAUUGAUCUUGGGGGAAGGGUGCCCCCCUUUAUCUUAGUAUUGGCACUAAACACAAUGUGGGCAGGAUUGUGAGCCAGAAAUAGCAAAAAACUUUCAUUUGUAAUUUCUGCUGAUUUUUGUCUGUCAGUGACAGACACCGUAGUUGAAACUGGAACUUAGCCAGUAUUUGAAAACAUUCCUAUAUGCUUUAAGAAAAGAAAAGAAAAGAAAAGAAAGUAAGAAACAGUUUGUGUCUUAUGCUCUCCAUGGCCAUUGCAUAUGGAUUAUGCACAUGCCUGCUAUGUUAGUUUUUAUAGAAACAAAAAGAACUUUAAAUAAAGGACCAAAACAGUUAUUUCAGGUGUCUUGUUUAGCUAAUAUUUGUUUGUGGAUGGGGUCUGUGAUUUAUUUUAUGCGAGGGAACAGAGCUUUCAGUAUAUGCAAGUGGCCAUGAUCCAAAUGCUUUUGCUUUCCUGUUACCGAGAGCUCUAAAGUAAACACUUCCAGAUUACAAAUCCUUUGGAAAUGUUUGUCUUUCCACUGUACUGAAUAAUGGCCAGUAAAAAAGGUUAGUUACAGAAGAAGCAAGGAAGCCAAGAGAAAGCUGCUGUUUGGCUUUGUUCUCUAAUCCUGCAAAGCCAAAGAUGAAGGGCAUUGGUAUUCCAAACUCCAUUGCAUUCCAGAGCAGACUGCAGCUUAACUAAAUGAAGCACAAGUCACUGGUGUCAUUGAAGGCCGUGAGAAAUUAGGAUGGAGGCAAGUCUUAACAGUUAAUUCACUUGACUUCCCUUGGUGCAUUUUUACAUUAAAGGUAGUGCAAUAUUUUGCUACAGGAAUAGUUUCAAGAACAGCCACUGAACCAAAAGCAGAUACAUCAACCAGGGGAAUACUCUUAAGCCCAUAGUAUGAGAGGAUGCACUUCAAGAACAGACCAGAGAAUCAGUCCUACACCUGUAGAGUUCCAGCUAAAGAAGUAUAGUACCCAAUCCAUUCUGAGGUUAAACUGUGCAAUUAGAAUCAGUUGCUUCCACGCUAAAGAAAACAGGUUUUCUAGUUAUGACCCAAAAUCAUGAAGAUCUCUUACAAGAAAAAACAAAUUAAUCAAAUUGCCGCACAAGAUUCAGUCCCAUUUCCCUUCGGUUUUUGUUUCAAGGAGCAUAUUUUCAUAUAGCAAAACUUGUGAAUAAUAGAAUGUGUUAAAUCUGAAUGUUAAGAAUAGAUUCUGCCAAAUAAGGCCAAUGGAUGGGAGGGGGUGGGGGACAGGAAAAUUAUUAAUUGUUUGUAUUUUCUACUUAUUUAUGACUGCAAAAAGACUGACUUUUCUUUUCUAAUUUACUUUGUAGAAUUGUGUGGCCUAUUUUAUCCAUCAUUUGUAAUGAAGAAGUUAAAUAUUCAGUAUUGUGACUAACUUGUUGGUGAACUGGUUUGGAUAUGCGGGGUGGGAAUAGUUUAAAUUUUUUUUUCAAAGAAAUCAUUGCAUUUCCAAAAAGGUGGGGGUGGGGACUGGGAAGAACAUUAGAGUGUAACAAUUUGUUGUCAUGGAAGUGUGGCAUGUUUUCUAAACUGCUCUGGAUAUGAAUGAAGUAAAAAAGGUUAUGAUAGCAGUAAAUGGGCAUUUGCUAAUGUCUAGUCAAAACAGUGGGACAUACCUGUGUUUGCAACCAGCCAGUUCAGGCUUGUUUCCAACUAAGGCAGGCUCUUUAGAUGUCUGGAAAUGUGUCCUUCUCUUAGUCCAAUCUUCCAAGCUGUCAACAUCCUUAAUAAGUAUCUAUAUGGAGGGUAUCGAUAAAUAAUUACAUAACUAACAGUCAUUCACAUUUCACAGUAUAUUGUCUUUAGACAUUUGUACUUGAUUAUAAUGAAACUGAACUUACUGGGCAGACUAAGCAUCAGCCCAGCUGAAAAACGAGUUGAAAUAAAUUAUUUGAUCUGUAACAGUUGAAUGGCCAUAGAGGCAGGAAUAAAGAAAUGAUGAGGAGGAACUGGAGGACAGAUGGGUUCUAAUAGAAGAAAACCUAAAAUUCUGGCAUGCUUCAUUUUUUGCUUUUAUAUGCACCUGGCAAUCUUCCAUAUUUACAUGGAAGUAAAGCACUAGGACAAUAAGUGAAACCUGCUUCUGAGGUAACAUGUAAAUACCAGUGUUGUAAAACUAAACAGUUUGAAGAAGCUAGAAACAUUUUGGAAUUUAUGACCUUUUUGACAAGUCAGCUCCCCAGAGUCAUUUGGAGUGGGCUGGCUUAAUAAAUACAUAAACAAACAGCUGUCAUAGCUCACUUUAGUUAAGAGGGCCUAGACCAAAUUUUUUUAGUUAAUACAGCCACUCUUACUCUUUAAACUCUUUAAAUGCAUGAUUGCUACAGAUUAAAGGAUAAAUAUAAACCAAAAAUGAUUGUCAUACAUGAAAGACAAUCAUAUGCCCCAGAGGCACAAUUUUUUUAUUGAAUGUUAAGAGCGAUCAAUCCAAAAUUGAAACUCACUUUUUAAAAGUUUUUUAUGCAUCCUAAGCUGAAGUGCUACUUUACCUUGCUAAAAACAAACCUAUUGAAAUGCAGGAACACCCCAGCUCAUGCAACACAUUUGACCAAAUACCUAGUUGAGUCAUCAGUCUACUUCCCUGAAUCUGCCCAGCAGCAAAGCCAGCAAUAGAAUUCAAAAUCUUGUGCAUAGCAGUAGGGAAUAUUGAUAAAGUAAAGGAAGGGUUUUGCAGGUCUAUAGUGGUCAGCUGAAAAUGAGAGUUGCACUCUUAAGGCUAACCACUUGGCAGAGAAAAUGUAAUUUUAGACAAUCACAUGACAGUCCAUUUUUCAUUUGGCAUUAGUAUAUUCCAUCUGCCUAUGUCCAGUUCUGUAUCCUGUUUAAAAGUAAUAGUGACCUGUCUAAUCUGCAGUUGAUUUAAGCUACACUACUUUGAUUGUGCUACGGAAGGAGAGGUGGAAAAGAUAAAUGCAAUAUGCAUGCUCUUUUCAGGAAAUAAAAUAAGGCCAAGCACUUUACGAAUCUAAUAUUCUGCUAAGACGUAUGUUUCUAUCUGUAGAACUACAUCAGAAACUUAGCUUCACACAACUGGAUCCAAAUCUUUGGAGGAGAUCAGUAUUUUUCUAGAAUAAAAUCUGACACCCCCCCCAAAAAAUAGGUUAUCUUAAAACAUAGAUGUUGACAUUUGCAGAUUUCAAAAUACAUACACUGCAGGUUUGGCCAAAGAGAAUACUUGCUCCAGAGAUCUACAGGCUCAUUCUAAACAUGUACUUGCAAAUAAGCUACACCAUGUUCAGUGGAACUUCCAUUCCAAUGACUAUGACUAGUCACUGCAACCAAGGUUAGGGCUAGAACCCCAACCUUGCAGUUUGGCUGGGCUCAGAGUACAUACAGAAGUUGUCUAGUUCAGCUAUAUUUGCUGAGUCCUGAUCAUUUCAGAAGCCAAGUGGGCUAAAGUAGCUGGCUUUCUGAAGAUCCCAUUCUUUGGAGAACCAGACUGCAUAGUUAACAAGCUCUCUUGGGAGAAGAAAGAGGCCUAACAAGCUCCCAAAUGACCCACUAAUGAUCAGCAACAGGAAAGCAGUGCAGACACUGACAUCGCAGCCAGAUCAUGUUGAGUGGCUG